GUAAAAGUUGGAAUGUGUGAAUUGGCUGAGUUUAUGAACGCUGUGAGUAACUUUUUCUCUUUUUUUUGUUUUUAUAUUUUUUUUCCUGUGCAGACAACGUUAACUCAGAUGGUAGUAUUUCUCUGGUAUCUCUUUCUCUUUUCGACUCGAGCGUUCUCGGUUUUCUCUAUCCACCGAUUCUUGAGCUCAUUGAGUCAGUUCACGUUCAGUUCGUCAGUUACGCGAGGACUGUUGUGGACGUAACAUUAUACUAUAGUUUAUUGUAAAUAAGAAAGGAAUAAAACAAUGGCGUCUGCAAAGAGAAAGCAAGAUGAGAAACAUCUGAAAAUACUUCGUGAAUUAGUAUCACAACCUGGUAAUAAAGAAUGUUUUGAUUGUCGACAACGAGGACCAACAUACGUCAAUAUGACUAUUGGUUCUUUUGUAUGUACUUCAUGUUCUGGUCUACUGCGAGGCUUAACACCACCACACAGAGUUAAAUCUAUUUCUAUGGCAACAUUUACUGCUGAAGAGAUUGAAUUUAUAAAUCAACGUGGAAAUGAAUACUGUAAAAAAAUCUGGUUGGGGUUAGUCAAUUCAAAUACUCCGAUUACUAUUGACACUAAAGAUGAACAAAAAAUGAAAGAUCUGAUGUCUGCUAAGUAUGAACAUAAAAGAUAUUAUUUAGAUCCAUCGAUGGCCAGUGACAAUUGCAAUAAUCAAAAAGCACAAUCAGCAUUUUCUAAUAGAACAUUACGAUCAAUUCAAACUAAUGUACCUCGAGUGCCACAUGUUGGCGUGUUACCAACGUUAAGUACGCCUAAUCAAAAGAAAAAGACUACUUCCGAGCCUACUCCGACAUUUACUGCAGAUUUCGUAGCUGAUUUUAGUCAAGUACCUGAUCCUUUUGUUAAUUCUACACCAGCAUCGCAAUUUCCAGGGCCUAUUCAACCACAAGCUUCUUUUGCUAACUUUGAUAACAAUCCUGCGUUUGAAUCUCCUAAAAAUUUAUCAAAUGCAUUCAAUUCAACUGGAAAAUUUUUAUCCAACUUUAAUGGCGUUAACUCACCACCGCCCGAAGACCGAUACGCUGCUUUGAAGGACUUGGAUUCAAUGAUGAAAAAAACUCAAUUGAGAGAAGACACGCAGGUUCCUAAUGUCGCACCGACAUGGAUUGCAAGUAACACAAACACAAACUCAUUUUGGACAAACAUGGAUCAAACAAAUCAUUUUAUUUCUAACCCAUUUACGGGAAAUGAUUUGUGGAAACCAUCAAUUCAUGCGAUUAAUAAUAACAACAAUAAUAAUAUCAACAAUAAUAACACGCAAUCUUUGGAUAAUACUUACUACAAUUCUGCGAAUCCAUUUAACUCAACGCUGUGCUCCACAACCAAUGGAUUUAAUACUCCAAAUAGUACGGAUGUACUUGCAUCUAGUCAAAUGAUGACUUCGCUCUCCGAAAAAGCCUGGCAUCCAACUGUACCACUUUAUCAGGCAAAUCCUUUUAUGGUCGGUACCGGAGUGGGAAAUUCAACAAGAAGUUCGAACAAUCCCUUUUUAUGAUUAUUAAAUUUUACGUUUUUGAACAAACUUGAGAAUAUAACGUUAAACAAACAUGUAGUGUAGGUGGAUUCCAUUACAUAAUUUUUAACGGCAUUUAGUGCCAUUAAUUUUUAUUUCUUUUUUUCCAUUAUUUAUUAAGCACUUUUUCUUCCAUGACUGUCAUUCUUUUAUUCAUAUUAUAUUAUAAUAUAAUUGAAAUAUGAUUUAUUUAUGUAUAAAAUAAUACACGUUAAAUAAAGAUUAAUAUUUGUU